AUGUGGGACCGUGCUAGUUGUGCCAUGAAACCGGACGGAAGAGGUGAUAAUAUGAAGAAAAGAGGGUGGAAGUAUGGCUCCAUUUGCUUGGAAAGCGUGAAGUAUUCCUGCAAGAAACCGAUGGAGAUGAACAGCCAGUGCCCAGGGCUCACCGGCCUGAGCAAUCUGGGCAACACAUGCUACAUGAACGCAAUUUUGCAGUGCCUCUGCAGCGUGCCACCGCUUGUGGAGUAUUUCCUCUCAGGAAAGUACAAAGCAGCCCUACGCAAGGAGAAUGGCGAGUCUGUGACUGCCUUUGGCUGUUUGAUGUCCGAUAUGUGGCUUGGAGAGUUCGACUGUGUUUCCCCGGAGGUUUUUCAUUCAGUCCUUAGGAAGCGGUACCCAACUUUUAGCGAGAGGACUCAGCAGGACGCACAGGAGUUUCUGAUCUGUGUGCUGAAUGAGCUCCACGAGGCUCUCAAGAAGUCAAGCAAAAGAUGCGUAACCGAUGCAAAAAUAAGCAGACAGAGUGUCAGUGAAACAUCUAUUAUCACGCAGUUAUUUGAGGGACAACUCAGUUACGGUAUCACAUGUCUGGAAUGCAAGACCACCACUGAUAGACCCGAGAGCUUCACUGUUCUUUCCCUGCCCAUCCCUUCUAAGACCGUGUGCUCGCUGGAGGACUGUCUCAAAUGCUUCUUUCAGCAAGACACGCUGUCUUUGAACAACCAAAUCCACUGUUCCUCAUGUGGAACUAAACAAGAUGCUGCAGUAAAGGGCACCAUAACCAAGGCACCGCAGGUCAUUAUUUUUCACCUGAAGAGGUUUGAAUGGCAAAGCAAACACAAAAGGAAACUCUCAACUGACAUCUUCUAUCCACUCAGCAAUCUGGAUCUCUCUCCUUACAGUUCCCCAGUUUUCGCCAAGGAUGCAGAGUACAGCCUGUGUGCUGUAGUGAACCACUCUGGUUUUCUGGAUGACGGCCACUACACCGCAUUUUGCAAGCACUCACUCACCGAAAACUGGUACAGCUUUAAUGACACACAGAUCACCAAGGUCCCAAGCUCCUCAGUGCAGACUGACACAGCUUAUCUCCUAUUCUACACCUGCCAAGGCCUUCUCUGCACCCGUUAAAAAUCCGCUAGCCGUGGAAAAUGAACAGUGAGUAGGCCAGCAAUUAGAAGUCACUGGCAGCAUCAGCGAAGUCCUGUUUCAUCAAUAAACUAGAGCAUUUGCAUUACCGAUCAUCUGUUGUGGUCUUUCAGGAAGCAAUUUCUAGAGAGAAGAGUUACAGCUUCAGAGUCUGUUAAGGAACAUGCAUCUGCUCCGUCUGUACAAGGUCUAAUGGUCGUUUUCCAUGACAAACCUCAUACAUCCCUCAGAAGAACACAAAUGCUGAGCAUAUAGAUGCACUUACCUGAAAAUUCCUGUUUCUCUGUUGGUUAAGUAAAUUACAUUGUUUUAAGCUGCCUUUCAGAAACUGACAGUAGGAUACUAAGGUGAAAGCAACGACCAGACCACUGAGGGUAUAUGUUUCAGAAGAGAGCAGGGGAUGAAGUGACCAUUAAUCUAAGAGAAAGAAAAAGGCAUUAUUAUAGUACUGUCAUUUUUGUCCCUCUAGCACUGCAAAUUUGUUUGCAGCUUGUAAGCUUCUGGAAAACAAUCACUCCUGGUCUUAACUCUAUCAGCAAGACACAUGCACGUAAACGUAUAGAAGCUCAGAAUGAGGAUUUAAGAUUUUUGAAUGCCAACCUAAUCAGUGGGAAAGCUAACCCAAAUCCAGAGCAGGGAAAUACACAAGAUGCAACUAAAAUAGUUUCUAAACUAGUCAGUGCUACACAAAGUAGUAUUUUUUUCAUCUGAAGAACCUUUAAACUGUGUGCAUAUGACUCAGACUGUCAUUAUGUAGAAUCCUGACCAUUACACA